AUGGCCGCAGAGCCUAAUUCUUCAGGAAGGAAGCUGCGCAUCCUGUGCCUCCAUGGCUACCUGCAGAAUGCUGAGGUGUUCAGAGGCAGGAUAGGUUCGCUCCGGAAGGGGCUCAAGUCAAGGGCAGAGUUUUUCUUUGUGGAUGCGCCACAUCUGGCACAGGGCGAAGAGGCAGAAAUCAGAGCAGCAGGGGGAACUGGCGACCACCCUCGAGCCUGGUGGACAUGGGAGGAUCUCAAUGAAACAAAGCGGCCCUCAAAGGCUGCAAAGUACAGCGGUUGGAAGGCAUCUGCCGAUGUCCUGGAAUCUGUGCUGAAGGAGCAGCAAUAUGACGGCAUCCUGGGUUUCUCACAAGGCGCCACUGCAGCAGCGCUCUUCCUGGCAGGCCACAAAGACUCCACUCCUGCCUUGAAAUUUGCCAUUCUGGUGAGUGGCUUCUUGCCGCGGGACCCCAGUUAUGCAGAGAUAUUGAAGGAGGGACAAGUGUCACUCCCAACACUCUUUGUGCAUGGCAGCGCCGAUGAGCUGGUACUGCCUGAGAGGGGGCUGGAGUUGCAAGAAACUUUUGCAGAGGGCUCCUACACGGUGCUGGAGCACCCAGGCGCGCACUUUGUGCCAACAUGCACUGGGGCCGUUAAGCAGCAGAUAGUGCACUUUUUGGACAAGUUCUGA